AUUUUGUAGAGAAAAAGUAGUUCGGAUCCAUCUUUGGUCACAAGGGUUGCAUUAUGGACUAAAGCUCACAAAAGGAAGGAUGGACAACCGGUGAAUUCACAAGUUGCUGAGACACUUGAGCGUAUUGAACAAACUGAGGCUGAGACGACAGUUUCAACAACAAACGUGGUUGAUGAUGCUUUAAGUAAAGUUCUUGGCCCCGAUCGUGGUCAUGUAAGAGGAUUUGGGUUUGGUGUGACUCGUUCAAAACUAUCUCUUUUGUCUCACCAAGAUCACAAGUAUAAGGUUCUUGAAAAAGAAUAUUUGAAGAUGAAGGAAGAAAUGGUAGAAAUGAAAACAAUGAAAGAUGAAAUGAUCGAAAUGAAAGCACUUAUGUUAUCUUAUUUAAAGAAACAGACUGAACCAAGUGAGGAACUUUCAAAUGCUACUGCAAGUGUGCUUAAGCGACUAAAUAUUCCUCCAAUGCCUUCUCCAUCGAGUAUCAAUAACAACAGUCAAACUAAGUGCAAGUUAUUAGAUUGGUAUGGCUCGGGAGAGAUUGUUGCUGAAGGAAGAUGGUCUUCUAAUGAUCCAACUGCUAUGGUCCAUCAUAUUCCUAUUGGUCCACAUGCAAUUAGAGUAUGGAUUGAUGUAGCAAAGAAACCAAACGCAUAUUUGUGGAGGCCAACAUCAGAAAUGACAUGUAUUGAAGAAGCUUUGGGAAGUACAGUUGCAUGGCCAUCUGAUAAAGCGAUCAUUAGUAGAGGUUUGACCUUCGGGCAGAAAAGGAAGGCUCAGCCGCAGCCUAUUUCAGUGCCACAGCGGAACUUCAGAUUAGGUGGUGAGUUUUGCCGCUUCCAGCAGAAACCUUUUGAGGCAGGGGAAGCUGCUAGAGGGAAGCCGCCAGAGGGAAGCCGUUGUGUACCACUUGUGGGAAGCAUCAUCUGGGCCUUUGUUUAUUUGGGACCAGAACUUGCUUUAAGUAGGCAAGAGGGGUACACAGCUGACAGAUGCCCAAUGAGGCUUACCGGGAAUGCAUAG